UAUAUCUAUACCGAUGUUGAUGAUUAAUACUAAUAAUUAGUUAAAUUACAUUUCGAAGUGAGUCAUUGUGAAUUCUGUGUAAAUCGUAACGUAUAUCUUCUAUUUAUUAUUUCAUCAUUUAAUUCAUAGAGCAUGCCUUCCAUAAAGGAUUCAAGUGAAUUGACUCCAGAUCCCCAUACUCGUGUAAGACAACUUGGUGAAGUGGGUAGUUCAGUGGUUGUGGAUCCUAACAUCCCUCCUCAUCGUUAUUUCCGUUCUGGAAAUGAAAUGGUUAGAAUGGCAAAGGUAUAUAUGGAUGAGCAAAAUCUGGAAAAUGCAUUCAUACUUUAUACAAAAUACAUCACAUUAUUUGUUGAGAAGCUGCCAAAGCAUCCUGACUACAAACAUGCAUCUGCUGCUGAAAAAGCUAAUACAAAACAAAAGCUGAAACAGAUUUUCCCUGUAGCAGAGCAGUUGAAGUCCAGUUUGUUAGAGGCAUACAAUAAAGAGUAUGAACAGUGGUUAGAAGAAAAGAGGAGAAUAGAAGAAGCUGUAGAGCAGGAAAGACGAAGAAAACAGGAAGAGGAAGAGCGUAGACAGAAGGCAGAACAAGAACGAGCCACAUUUGAGAAAGAGAAGCAGUGGCGACUUGCUCAAGAACGUGAGAGACAAAAGUUGUCCAACUACUCCCAAGAUGAAAGGGUUCUUCCUGAAAACCAGCUUUAUCCUGGAGAACUAUAUCCAGAGUCCCCGAUGGACACUAGAAAUAAUUCCCAUUCUAGAGAUAAUUUAGUGCUUGAUGAAGGAUUGGGAAUGAAUGAAGAUAUACCUGUGGUUGUAUCACCAAUUGAAGAUAUGAUCAUUGGAAACCUUCCUGUACCAGUAGUGGAUCGUUCCACUAAACCAAGCUCUCUUCUAAGUCCUGGACCUAGUUCUACUCAUGCCUUUGGUCUCCGAACAGUGAUAGUACCUGUUGGUCUCAUGGAUAGUUUUCUGCAGCUAGCUCAAUCCAAUACCAGUCAAAAUGUUGAAACAUGUGGAAUUCUCUCAGGAAAGCUGUGUCAGAACAGAUUUACUAUUACCCAUCUUCUUGUUCCCAAACAACGAGGUACUUCAGACUCAUGCUCCACUGACAAUGAAGAAGAUAUAUUAUCGUAUCAAGAUGAGCAUGAUCUAAUCACAUUAGGUUGGAUACAUACACACCCAUCACAGACAGCCUUCAUGUCCAGUGUUGAUUUGCACAGUCACUGCUCUUAUCAGCUAAUGAUGCCAGAGGCUAUUGCUAUUGUUUCAUCUCCUAAAUAUCAAGAAACGAAGAUAUUUAGUUUGACUACUGACUAUGGAGUAGAUUACAUAGCCAACUGUAGGCAAACUGGAUUUCACCCUCACCCAAGUGAACCUCCUUUGUAUGAAGAGAGUACACAUGUUGAGCUGGAUAGCAGAAUGGAUGUUAAGCUGGUGGAUCUAAGAAAACGGUGAAGUAAAUGUUAGACAUUUCCUAAACGUCUCUUCACAGUGUUGAGUUUUACACACUGUUGUUUUUUCUGAAGCUUAUUGCAUGCUACUAGGUUAACACAGAAACAUUGAUUAUAUAAUACAAGCAUCAUUUUAGAGACACUUGGUGUUUUCUGGUAGGAUAGAAACACAAAGGUUUUGUGAGCUACUAGAAGAUAGCCAGAGCACUAUUAAACUGAAAUAAGUUGAUUUUUUUUUUUAAAUCAUUGCUGCAUGUAAAUAAAGUAUUAGUCCCCUUUGUAACCUCAAGUACAUUUCAGUACAAAACCAUAUCUCACUCCUAUGUAAUAUUUUUGUGCUACUAAAACACGUUAUUCAUUCCUAAGUUAUGUAAAAAAAAAGACAUAUUUAUAAUUUCACUGAGAUUUGGUUUUAAAAUGCUUAUAUUGUGGAGUAACGAUUAACAACAAAAAUAUUUUGGAUUUUUUUUCAAAAAUAGUAUUAACAAAAAUAGCAAAAAAAUUUACUUACAUUUAAUCAAUGUGAUAGAUGAAUAUUUAUAGCAAGCUGGUGCUGAUAUGAGGCAUAAAAGAUGAUUUGUGAAUAAAAAAAUAGCAAAUAAUGGCUUCUAAACAUUGUAAGACCUACCUACAAUAGUAUACAGAAUUUCUCUCAUCAUACCAGAUAUUUAAACAGCAUGAUGAGCCUUAUUUUUUUUUAAACACCAUCUAGAGAUUAACAUUUACAUUUUAAUUCACUGAGAUUAGGUAGGAAGUGCUUUUAUUCCAAGCUUGGAGGUUAUAUGUUUUUCUUCAUAAAAGUUAAUAAAAACAACAAACCAGGAUGUGAUGUGGGUAUAGGGAGUAUUAGGUAAUGACAUUGAUAAAAGCUAGACAUGAAGUAUCUGAAGUUAUAUAUUUGUCUUGCUUUUGUACAUGUGAUUUUUUUUUAUUAAGAAUUGGUAACCUAACCAAUCUACUCAAUAGCUUUAGUAACAGUAAUAAAACAAUGCAAAAUUCUGGUGAAAUUAAUAAAUUGGUCUGUUUUAUUGUAUUUCCCGUAUGAGAAAGUUCUUCAUAACCUUGUCAAUAAAAACAACUUGAACUGUUUAUUAAAGGAAUCGUAUAUUUAUGUUGUAGCAUUUUAUCUCAGUUUUGACAGUAGAUACAGAAUCCACUAAAACCAGUUUAAUACUUCUUUCCUUUUAUAAUCUUUCCAAAAUAGUUGAUGAAAUAUAUAUAAAUGUUAUCAUUCACUUGGUGUAAGGCCAUUAAUCUGGUAAUGUUUGGAGGUAUAUAUUUAACCUACAGUCACUAGCUAGCAUCGUGUAGUUAUUGUAGAAUACUACGUCACCAAUGAGAUGUUUUUUUAUUUUUGUCAUGUCUUAUGAAAAUUUACAAAGUGGAGAAAUGAAAUUUAAAUAUGCUGUGUUUUGUUUGUUUUGGUAUGAAUGAAACUAAGAAUAUAUUUCAAUAUAAUAUUACUGAUCAGAAAUAGAAAGUACUAUAGCAGUUGAUUGCAUUCCUGCCACAUAAGCCACGUUAUGUUUUACUGGAAAAAAUGUCAUUGAUUAACUUAUAUAUAUAAAGUGAAAGUGAAGUAAAUAUGACAUGCAUUACUAUCAUCAUAACUGGAAAUUGUUAAUAUACAUUAGGUAAUUUGUAUCAUUGUGUUUGGAAUUCAUAAUUUGUGCUUAAAGGCACUUAGGCCAGGCUUAGAAGUGGUUCAUUCCAUGCAUUAUUGGAGAUAUUUGCAAUAGGUCUUUCCUACUUAACACACUUCUGAAAUCAUUGGAUAUUAUAUAAGUGGUCAGGUAAGAGUCGGUAUGAGUUUCAAAGACUGUUGCUAAAUUAACGUAAGGUAUUACAAUAAUUACGACUUGCAUCUGUGCCUUUAUAGUCACAGUGUAAUAUUAGUUGUAAAGACGUUUUGAUAUAGCUUAUCAAAUUUACAAUUCUGAUCUUAUCAGUGAUAAGUCCUAAGAAAUAAAUUGAGUUUAAGAAUGUGUAUUUGUCCACCAAAAGUAUCUCUCUAAAGAAUGUUAUGCGUUUAUAAAAAAAAAAAGAAAUAUAUAUAUAGGAAAAUUUAAGAGGCAUUUGUUAUAUUAAUGUAUAUAUAUCUAGGUUUUGUAUGCUUGGGUUAACUUAUAUUGUUGGUUUUUAAGUGCUGUUCUAGCCUGAUGACCCUUUUUUUGAAGCAUGUAUAUGCAGAAUUAGUUUGAGAUAGAAAGGAUUAAUUUGAAUUUUUUUUAAAGAAAUCUUAGUUAGAGAAAUGUGAUUCAUUCAGAAGAUUCAGGGGACAUCAUCUUGCUUAUUUGAAGGUGAAUUCCCAUUCUGUCAGCACAGUUACAAACUUUAUGAUUGGUGGUUUUUGCCUUUAAAUAUUUUGAAAUAGGUAAAAACAUUUUCUACAAACAAUUUCAAACAGAUAAAUGAAGUCAAUUAAGUUUAGCAAGAUUUGCAAUAGCUUAACCCUUUCACUUUGCAAUUAAUUUUCAGGCUGAUUCCCAAAAAGUGUCAAUUAUUCACCAAAAAAUAAAAGUAUGAAUUUGACCCUUUGUAUUACUCUUUCAAUAUCUGAUGGUAGUAUUCCUUGAAAAUGAAAACUGUAUUGGAUAGUGAAAAAUAAUGAUUUAAACAAAAAAAAACUGAGGAAAAUUAGGAGAAAAGUUUUUUCAGUAAAUAAAUAUAGGCAAAACUAAGUCAGUAAGAGGCCAAACUCAUUACAAAAUAUAAAACAAAUUGAUUAGAUGACAAUAUCCAAGAUGUAUAUAAGCUGUCUUUAUACAGAUUCUGUAUGUGUUCCUACAAAGUUGACAGUUUUGUAAUGAGGCACCAAAAUAUACAUGUUUCAUGGCAUAGAACACAGAUGGCAGCACGAAUGCAGGUUUGGCGAUUGUUUUAAGUACAGGGGGGAUAUUCCCACAUGUCUAAGUAGAGAGAGACUUUUUUUUUGGUAGCCAUGGGUUAAAUCUGAAUUUCGCAGUUGGUGGAUAUAAAUGUUUGUUUGGAUAUAUCAAAACUAUAGAGCAAAAGGGUGAAAUGCUGAUCUCUGCCUGUGGAUUAAUCUUUCUUUUAAGAAGAAAAAGUAAAGUAAUUUAACAUGUAUCAAAAAGAUUUUAUUCUUUGCUUAAUUUUAUAAUUUAUCAAUGAAUUGUUUUUCAGGAAAUUAAAUGUAUAAAAAUUGUUUUUCUGGUGUCAUAUGUGUCAAGUAUUGGUGUUUGCUAAUGCAAUACAAACUUUGCUUUAUGUAUACUUCUGUUGUCAUUUCAGACUUGACACUUAUUUUUUGGUCAUAAUUUUUACCUGAAUUCCUAAUCUUUUUUUCUUCUUCUGUUAGUAAAUUAGUGGAGAUAUACUUUUCAUUUUUUAACAUUGUUAAGUGCUUCACAUAUAAAAGUUUUCCAAGCCUUGCAUGUUACUGAUGAUGUUAUUGUACCUGGGAUGAGCAAACAGAGGGAGAGAGAGAGAGUGUGUAAUUUAUAAGUGAAAACAAGGGAUGACCUGUAGAAGGCAUGACUAGUUAACACUGACAUAAACUUAUUACCAGCAAACAUAAUCUGGUCAAGAUACAAGACUGGAGUUGGACAAAUUAUGAUGUGGUUUUGCUCCAACAGUACUUGCUAUUGAUUAAAUGUACCAAGAUUAUGUGAUAAUAGUGUUUUUAUUAAUAAGUCUCCUAUUUAAAUCAAAAUUUUGACUUUUGAUAGAUAGCAACUGUUAGAGGAGAGAUUCAGGAAGUUGGAAGUGAUACAAAAAAAAACAAGUUAUAGUACUUUAAUUUUAGUGUUAGCUUAUGAACAGAACUGUAUUUGAAAUUAUAAAUU